UCAAACUUCAGAAAUUGAGCGCAAGAAUAAAAGGGAAUAUUUUCAUUUAAUCAAGAAACAUGAAAUUAAUAGCUGUCUUAAUUUUUACGUUAAUUGGAAGCAUUUCGUCCAAGAGAAGCGCACUCCGAGAUAUGUUAUUAAAGAAGUACGAUAAAACAAAGAGACCAGUUGAAUACGAUGAUGACAUCCUAUACGCAAAUGUAUCACUUACUCUAAAGAAAAUUAUAGAAUUAGAUAUUCUAAAAGGUGACAUCGCAAGUAAUCUUAUACUCGGCUUCGAAUGGAACGACGUUAAUCUGAAAUGGACUGAUUCACAAUAUAAUAUAAGUUACAUAAAUGUCAAAUUAAGUGAUGUAUGGUAUCCUAACAUACAAAUAUGUAAUAGUGUAACAGGUAAAUUUAGUUUUGAUGAUAACAAGGAAGUAACAGUAAAUAGGAACGGAGACGUUAACUUAUAUAUAGACAAAAUAUUCGAAACUUACUGCAGGAUUAACGUUGAAAAAUACCCUUUUGAUGAACACGAAUGUGAUAUAUCUGUUUGCUUUGAGCAUCAGAUGUAUGUGGAAGAAACAGUGGGGGAAUUUGAUUACGAAGUAAAACUCCAAUCUGCAUCCAAUCAAUGGGACUUUAAUUUUGAAAAAUCUGACGUUGAAAAUGAUAAUAUUGUAGCAGUUGGUUUUAUAAUUUACGGCAAGAGAAAAGUUAGCAGUGCAACAAUAACUAAAAUUAUACCUCCAAUAAUGUUAACAUUAUUGGUCCUUUCUGUCCAUUUACUGCCACCUGAAUCUGGAGAGAAAGUUUCUGUUGCAAUCACUGUUUUUCUUACAAAUAUCGUUUUCCUUUCUGAAACUGAAAAAAUAUUGGGUAAUAAUUCUCAAGACGCCUCCAUAUAUCUAAUGUAUCUCUUAAUUCUGACACUUGUCAGCGGAUGUUCUUCUGUUUUCUCGAUAAUAGUGUGUAAAUUGUAUGCGAACCAGACUGGAGCCAACACCAAUUCAGCUCCCGAAAUUACUCAAGAAUCAAAUGGACAAAGAAAUAGAGUUGGUGUCUCAGAAAUUUCAGACGAACAAAAUAUUAAAAUAACAGCUACAAAGCCUUGUAAAAAGCAUUUAUUAACCUAUAAGAAACUGGACCAAAUAAUUUUGUUAAUAAUUGUUAUAUUUCUACUACUCUUUAUCAUUAUUUCUGUGUCGACGUCUUCGUAG